AUGGAAGUAGCAGUCACGCAUCUUCGGACUCUGGUGGGGCUCGCAACGCGUACAGAUCCAUCGCCCCUACCCCCCGUCCAGGAUAUAAUAUCCCAUAUCCAGUCGUUAUAUGACUCUGGCAGGCCCUUCUACACCAAGGAUUUACUCCAGUGUAUCAAAGAGCAACUCCGGGGUGCUCGUGAUGGGAUCAUUCAAACUAUCCGUGUGCCCGGAGUGGAUGAGGUUAUUGUUGAGUUUCCGGUAAUGACAGGGCAGGUUUUCCCGACACCAGAGCAAGGAAUGGAGUUAAUCGUCCGAAACCCCUGCAUUGAAUAUUUAUCUGUGCAGGAACUGCUUCAAGAUUGCGAUCUGAGGGAUGAUAAUCUGGCCUACAAUCACAUCCAGAUCGGUCAUUAUCGCUUUCUGCGGAAUAUUCACACCAAGGAGCUUUACUCAGACCUUUCAGUGGCUUCGGUACCUGAUGCAAGCGAGCUUCUUCGAAGAAGUUCGCGUAUCUGGGAGAACACCGCACAGUGUCAAGCUCUUCGGGCAAUACUUAUGUCACGAAAGGAUAUCUCUAUAUCCAGGAUUGUGGGGCUUGCGCUCGGGUCUUUCGCAACCGUUUACCCUAGUCUGCAAGAUCGAUCAGCUUUCCAGCAUGCCCUUCUAUUGACUCUGCGUGAUAUAUCUUGCAAUAUGCAAAAUAUAGCACAGCAAUCUAUUCCGUGUUUUGCCCAAGACCCGAUGUGCAACAUAGUUGAUAUCACCGCCGCUGAAGAGGCUGGAAUCACGAUUCUGGAAGACACUGACGGAUUUCUUGAAAUUGAUGAUUCCACGGUGGUAUUCUCAUGCGCCCCAGACAUUCCCGUAAGGCAGAUUGUUCUGGAUCUAGCUCGACCUGCCGUCCUCAUAUGGGACAAAUUGAGGAAUGAAGAUGAUGAUGAUCACUCGGCCGACCCUGCCUCUCCACGUGUGAUGACUUGCCUACGGAACAUCUAUGAAGAAUUCGAAUUUCCUGAUUAUGAUAAGCACUUUGGCGACCUGGCAGUAUACAUUCGUCGGAAUUAG